CAUUACGUAAUUCAUAUUCAUAAGCAAAUCCUUCGCCGUAGUAGGGUCGGUUGGUCAGCGCUGUGUCUUCAGCAGCAGGAGGAGUGAGUGGAGCUCGAUUCAGCUGUUGUGGCCGAAGAUGGCGGCGUGUAGACGUGUUCAGCUGCUGCUGCUCCUCAUGUCUCUCUGCCUUCUCACCGUACAGGCUCUUAAACCUCUUCCAGGUUUCGGGAAUGUGCAUCCUCCGGCUGUCGCCAUGAACCAGCAGCUCAGAGCCGCGCUACCGAAUCCCGGGAAUAACGCCGCCGCCGCCGCUGCUGCUGCUGCUGCCGCCGCGUCCUCCGGUUUUCAGUCUAGAAGAUCCACCGGCUGGAAGCUGGCAGAAGAGCAGGCCUGCCGGGACGACGUGACCCGGCUGUGUCCAAAACACACCUGGACAAAUAACCUGUCUGUACUGGAAUGCCUGCAGGACAAAAAGGAGGACACAGAGAUUGCUACGGACUGCAACCAUCUGUUGUGGAACUACAAGCUGAACCUGACCACAGAUCCGAAGUUUGAGUCCGUGGCGCUGGAAGUGUGUACGAGCACCAUGUUAGAGCUGAAAGAGUGCGCAGAUGAGGAGCGAGGGAAAGGCUAUCUGAUGUCCUGCCUGGUGGACCACCGUGCUAACAUCACAGAACGCCAGUGUCAUCAGUACAUCACCAAGAUGACCAGCAUCAUCUUCAGCGACUAUCGGCUCAUAUGCGGCUUUAUGGAUAAUUGCAGAGAAGACAUCAACAUCCUGCAGUGUGGAAGCAUCGCUGUCGGAGAAAAAGACCUGCAUUCCCAGGGUGAGGUGAUUGCGUGUCUGGAGAGGGCUCUGGUCAGGGAGGCAGAGCAGCAGGAAAAGGCUCAUCAAAUCAAGAGCGACUGCAAAAAGUCCAUCAUGAGAGUGGCCGAACUGUCUGCGGAUGAUUUCCACCUCGACCGCUACCUCUACUUCUCCUGCCGAGACGACCGGGAGCGCUUUUGUGAAAAUACCCAAGUGGGAGAGGGCAGAGUGUACAAAUGCCUGUUCAACCAUAAAUUUGAAGAAGCAAUGUCAGAAAAGUGCAGAAACGCCCUGACCACUCGGCAAAAGCUCAUUGCUCAAGAUUAUAAAGUCAGUUAUUCCCUUGCAAAGGCUUGUAAGGCCGACCUACGCAAAUACCAUUGUAACCCGGACACCAGCAUGCCCCGCGCCCGAGAGGCCAGACUCUCCUACCUCCUCCUCUGCCUGGAAUCUGCUGUUCACAGAGGCCGUACGGUGACCGGAGACUGUCAGGGUGAGAUGCUGGACUACAGACGCAUGCUAAUGGAGGAUUUCUCCCUGAGCCCUGAGAUCGUGUUGCAUUGUCGAGGAGAGAUCGAGGCGCACUGCUCAGGACUGCACCGCAAGGGCCGAACCCUCCACUGCCUCAUGAGAGUCGCCCGAGGGGACAAGGGCAUGGUGGACAACCUCUGUCAGACAGCACUUCAGACUCUUAUCCAGUCAGCAGACCCCGGCACUGAUUACCGGAUUGAUCGCGCGUUGAACGAAGCCUGUGAGUCUGUGAUCCAGACAGCCUGCAAACACAUCCGUAGCGGAGAUCCUAUGAUUCUGUCUUGUUUAAUGGAGCACCUUUACACAGAGAAGAUGGUUCAGGACUGUGAACACCGCCUGCUGGAGCUGCAGUACUUCAUUUCAAGAGACUGGAAGCUUGAUCCUGUCUUAUACCGUAAAUGUCAGAAUGAUGCAUCCAGACUGUGCUACACACCAGGCUGGAAUGAAAGCACUGAUCUCAUGCCUCCUGGCGCUGUGUUUUCCUGCUUGCACCGCCAUGCUUACCGGACAGAAGAGCAGGGCAGAAGGCUCACGAGGGACUGUAAGGUGGAAGUCCAGAGAAUUCUUCACCAGAGAGCUCUGGAUGUUAAGUUGGACCCUGAGCUCCAGAAACGCUGCAUGACUGACCUGGGAAAAUGGUGCAGUGAGAAGACAGACACUGGACAGGAACUGGAGUGUCUUCAGGACCAUCUAGAGGACCUGGUGUCAAACUGCAGAGACGUGGUGGGAAACCUGACGGAACUAGAAUCUGAGGAUAUUCAGAUUGAAGCCCUGCUGAUCCGAGCCUGUGAACAGGUCAUCCAGAACCACUGCCAUGACAUAGCUGAUAAUCAGAUAGACACAGGGAAUCUUCUAGAAUGCCUGGUGCAGAACAAACAUCAGAGGGAAAUGAAUGAUAAAUGUGCUGUGGGCGUCACUCAUUUCCAGCUGGUUCAGAUGAAGGACUUCCGCUUCUCCUACAAGUUCAAAAUGGCCUGCAAGGAGGACGUACUCAAACUCUGUCCAAACAUUAAGAAGAAGGCAGAUGUUGUCAUCUGUUUGAGCACCACAGUGAGGAACGACACACUACAGGAAGUGAAAGAUCAGCGUGUCUCUCUGAAAUGUCGGAAACAGCUGAGGGUGGAAGAGCUGGAGAUGUCAGAGGACAUUCGACUAGAACCUGAGCUACAUGACGCUUGUAAGAAGGAUAUCAACAAGCUCUGUUCCUCUUUUGCCUAUGGAAAUGCUCAGAUCAUUGAGUGUCUCAAAGAGAACAAGAAGCAGCUUUCCCAGGUGUGUCAUCAGAAGGUCUUUAAGCUUCAGGAAACUGAGAUGAUGGAUCCAGAGCUGGACUAUCAGCUCAUGAGAGUGUGCAAGCAGAUGAUCAAGCGUUUUUGCACAGAGUCAGAUGCUAAGAACGUCCUGCAGUGUCUAAAACUGAACAAGAACAGCGAGCUAAUGGAUCCAAAGUGUAAGCAGAUGAUCACCAAGAGACAAAUCACUCAGAAUACAGACUACAGAUUGAACCCAGUGUUGAGGAAGGCUUGUAAGCCAGACAUUCCCAAGUUCUGUCAGAACAUUCUCAACAAAGCCAGUGAUGCCAAUGAACUGGAGGGUCAAGUCAUAUCCUGCCUCAAACUCAAGUAUGCAGACCAGCGGUUGUCUGGAGAAUGUGAGGAUCAGAUCAGAGUGAUUCUUCAGGAGUCAGCACUCGACUACCGGCUCGAUCCGCAGCUCCAGGCUCACUGCAAUAAUGAGAUCACGCGGCUGUGCGCAGAGGAAGCUGCCGCACAGGAACAGACGGGUCAAGUGGAGGAGUGUCUGAAGAACAACCUACUGAAAAUUAAACAAGAGGAGUGCAAGACGGAGGUGUUGAACAUGCUCAAAGAAAGCAAAGCAGACAUAUUUGUGGAUCCUGUCUUGCACACAGCCUGUGCUCUGGAUUUGAAACACCACUGUGCAGCCAUCAACCCUGGAAGGGGCAGACAAAUGUCCUGUUUGAUGGAAGCUCUGCAGGACAAGCAGGUGCGUCUACAGCCUGAAUGUAAGAGAAGAUUACAGGACCGCAUAGACAUGUGGGGCUAUGCAGCGAAGGUGGCACCAGCUGAAGGUUUCUCGGACCUCGCUGUGCAAGUCAUGACGUCACCUUCCAAGAACUACAUCUUGUUCGUGAUUGCACUGGCUGUGUCCAUCCUCUUCCUUGUGGGGCUGCUGUGUGGCCGCAUCACCAAACGUGUGACCAGAGAGCUGAAAGACAGGUAGAGCGAGGAUGCCGCCCAUCCACCCCUCCUGUUUCACACGUCAUUUCCUGCCCUCGCUGUUCUUUGUACUUACACCUGCGAAGACUUUGGGAGCUGUCAGUGGACCUUCUGUGGGCUGGUGCCAUGUUUGGAACCCUCUCUAGCCCACCCAGCCACUGAAUCCAAACGUUAAACUUUUGAAAUGCUUCUCGGACAGGAUCAAGAUCGUUUUGGGACAUUAUGCCUUGAUUAUACAUGGUUUUUGUUUUUGUUUUGAGAGUGGCAGCCUUACUUCUUGACUGUAAUAUGGUCAUGUGUCAAUGCAGUAUUUUUAUUGUUGUAUCUUUUCCAGUUCUUGAGAAUGUGUGGUCAUAGAUGGGGCUUUAAACAGCAGCUUACAUGAAAGUUCAGAAGCCAUCUUUAUAUUUGUUUUUGUUUUGUUUUCACAAACAAGUCAUCACUAGUGUUUUUUUCAUCUUAGUCCACUUUGGGUGGGAUUGAUUUUUGGGUGUCUCCUGAAUGUUUUGGCACUGGGGAGGUAAGAUGGUUUUUCUAGUCCAGUAUGAUGAACUACAAUGAUUGUGACACGUGAAACGGUGGUCUUUAUUAGGUAAAAGACAUUUUAUUUUACAUUAAACAUCAAGCAGUAAACUUACAAAGAUUAUGAUAUUCGAAUACACCUAGUAAACACCAAACACUGCAUUAAAAUUUUGUAGAUUGUGACAUUAUUUUCAUAAUGGUUUCCCCCCAAAAUGCCCAUUACGUCGGCACAUUUCCCACUAUUCUCAAUAGUGUUUCUCAUUGUUCAUUUAUACUAUUUUAUGGUUUUAAAAAGGUCACUGUAAUACAAAUUGGCUUAAAUAUGCAAAGGUAGUACAACAAAUACAGCAAAAGUAAAUAAAGUCAUAAAAUGCUUAGUUUACUUUGAACAAAAUUUAUUUUUAUUUUGGAGGGAAAUAUCGUCCCCUUGGAAUUAUAAGGUUCUAUCUGACAUUUUUGUCAAAAUUGAGUUAUUCACAAAUUCACUAAUUCUGUGACAGAUUAUUUACGUUAUGUGAUUUUUUUUUUUUUUUUUUUUUUUUUUGGAAGUUUUUAUUUAGAAAACAAAAAGGUUCCGUCUACAAAGUCAAAUGGAAUGCAAAAACUUUGAAGCUCAAUAUCUCAAAACUGCUCUGCUCUUUUGUGAUUCACUUACAUAUCUGAGUGUUCUGAAGCAUUAUAAACAUCCGGUUCGCACAAUUAUUAGGAUUAAUAGACAAAGAGUACGAAAUUCAGAUAGACCUUUAGAGAAGGUUCUGUGUUAAAGAUGCUUUGAUUGUCCAGGGCCAAGUUUCCUGCGGACCAAACUUGCAAGGUUGAACUCGACUGUAUACCCUGUUAGAUGUUUUUUUUCAGAGGUACUUUGAAUGUUCACAGGACGAUUGCACUUUUUUGAUGUUUUGUUAUGUUUGGCUUAAGCCUUAUUUAUUGUUUACAACAAAUGUGCUGAUCUUGGUUUAAUAUGUGCGUGCGUGUGCGCGUGUGUGUGUGCAGAGUUAAAUAUGUUCUAAUGUUGCCUUUUCUCUUUCUCUGUCACACCAGUGAAAGGAAACGUCCAUUAGUCCCCACUGAUGGUGGCUCUGUAUUUUUUCAAAGCUGUACCCACAAACAUCUCUAGGAUGAAAAGGAAUGACUUACUUGUCUUUGUCUAUUUGUCACUGAGUUACUUUGAUUAUAACUGUGAUGAUUAUAUGCAUAAAAUUUGCUGAAGACAUAGGGUUUUUCGAAAAGAUCCAUGCAUGCUUUUCCCCCAAAACUCAUUCUGUAUCCCCUCAUACAUGAGAAAAAUGUGCUUUUUGCAAAAAUAGACUAUAUAUAUAUAUAUAUAUAUAUAUAUAUAUAUAUAUAUAGUAAAAAUUUGCACUAUUAUUUUGAGGGGUUUUGUGAGAUUCACCUAUUUAAUUUUCUUAACAGAAGCUGUACCACUAUAGAAAAUAUAUUGUGCAUUAUGUAUAUCGUCUCUCAAAGAGUGUGCAGAGCUCUAUGAAAUCCAUUUGUCCACUAUCCUUGUAUUAAAGGGACAGUUUACCCAAAAAUGAAAAUUCUGUCAUAAUUUACUGACCCUCAUGUCAUUCUAAAUCUGUAUGUAUUUCUUUCUUUUGCGGCACGCAGAAAAAUAUAUUUUGAAGAAUGUUGGUAACUAAACAGUUUUGGUUCCCAAUGAAUAUGAUGAUAGAAUUUUCAUUUUUGGGUGUACUAUCCCUUCAACAGAUUUAAAAAUCCCAGACUCCCAAAUUUGGGAACAGAUUUGUAUGUUGUAAUGCUUUUUUCUUUUUCUAUUUUUGAGCUCGAGAGGCCACAGGCGUACUGCUUUUACCUCUAGCAUUGAUGAUCUCAAUGUUCUUCUGUAAAUAAUAGAUCUAAUGUGCAAAUGACAGUGUCUGAGAUUUCUGGUUGAUUGAAAUUUGGACUGUAAAAUUUUACUGAUCAUAUGAUCACAUUUGAAUAUAUAUUGUAGAUAAGUAAAUGUUAUUCCAAAUAUAUUUCUCCUAAUUCAUGCUUUUAGAGACUGAUCAUGAUGAUGUUGUUUUUUUGUUUUUUUUAAUUAAUAUUUUACAUAUAACUGGUUUAUAAUGGUGACUUGACACAUUGGAAGUCAUUGGCGUGUAAAAAACACAAAGCUGACUGUGAUGGGUCAUUGAUCACUUUCUUUUGAAACUCAAAGUGAGCCAAUGUUCUGUUCGAUUUGGAAAUCAAGUGAUUCUUAAACAGUUUUGGAGAAUGUGCAUGGAAUAUCGAGCCUUUCCAACUAUUGCAACUAGAAAUGCUUGCUUUCUCUUUGAAGAAUUUUUUUUUUUUUGCCUGGAAGAUUUUAAUACCUUUUCUUAUGACAAAAUGUAGAAGUCCAUAUGUUGAAAGACCAUUGUUUCUUGUUUGUUUGUUUGUUUGUUUGUUUGUCUGUGUGUGUGUGUGUGUGUGUGUGUGUGUGUGUGUGUGUGUGUCUCAUUUUGAAAGCAUCUUUUAAAGCCACAAGCAAGAGCAAAACCUGAUUCCAUUACUCUGAAAAGUGACAUUGCCAGUCACAUUUUCCCAACAGUCAGUGCAGAGCCAAAGAUGAUCCUGCUUUGUUUAAAAUGCUCCUCUACAAGAUUCUUAAGCAGCUCCAACAUCUGCUGGAUGUUUUCGUGUUUUUUUGUUUUGUUUUUGGUUUUUGUUUUUUUAUUCAGUUUCUUAUUAACUUCAAAUUGACUAAACAUUGUAAAAAGUUAUGGCUGUGAUAUUUUCUCAGUUUCUUCAUCUUGCCAUUUAACAUUGUGACAAAUCAGAUUUUUGUUGAUUUCCCUAAUUCUGUACAGAUGAUGAAUUCAGUUUAAUAAAAUGCUGUAGAUUUUCUUACCA